AUGUGGUUCCUGAAGUUGGUCCUUUCUUUGCUGCUGUUCCUAUUGGACGUGUGCGAAACGCGGGCGAAGGGGAGCAGGCAAGGCACCUUUUUCGUCAACCAUUCCCGAAUCCCGUUGCAACGAAGGAGAUGCGCCUCUAGGGGAGGGAAGGCGAGGAAGGCGGCAAAGGGAAGUGGUUCAGGCAUUGAUGAAGAGCCAAAUCAAACGGACCCCAAUGAGCAAAGUCUUAAAAUCAACAAAUUCGAACCGGAAGAGGUGAAAAUAAACUCCAACCUGAACGUGAACAUAUUUCGCACCACCAACGAUACGACCUCUGCAUACGAUGAGGGCAUCUGUAUUUACAACCUUUUGAAAGACAUAGAGGUGAAGGACGUAAAGAGGAUGCCCUCAUUUAGCCAGAAACUAGCCAACGUCCACUUGCAAAAGGAAAAGGACUACAUAAAGCUCAACAGAGGGAAGGAAAAAGACGCCCAUUUAGAGAACCCCCUUAUUUACAGAGACACAAACUACCAGCUGCCCUACGUGCUAAAUUACUACCCAGACGACAUGUUCAUUUUUAACUUCGAUGGGGUGAUAAAUAUGAAUAAGCAGGAAAAAAUUGUGGUGGCGUUUUUGACGUUUCUGCGUUUAUUUCAGAGGCAAAGUGGACGUGGCGUCUCGAAGGGGUAUCCCUGUCUGCUCUUCAACGGGAAGCCCAUCGAGGGUCUACCUUUAUGCAAUUUUAUCCAGUCGAGGAGUUAUCUCUUCACGGAUGGUGAUCCAAAUAGUAAUGUACCCCCCCAGAGUGACGACCCGUUCAUUCUGUUGAAACUCAUUCCAAAGUUCCUUUAUUCGAGAUUUCUCUACUUGUACAAAUUUUUAAAAACCACAGAAGAUCUAGUCAUUGCAGUUAAGUAUGUGUAUGACGAGGUCGAUGAGAUAUGCACCAAGUACCGCUACGAUAUUAACGAGAUGCUUCGCAUUUGUAGGGAGAAGAACGUCAUGCAGGCGAAGUUGGAAAAAGUGAGUGAAUGUCUGCAAGGUAAUUUGAAGCACCCCUCAGGGGUACUACCCCCAAAUGGAACUUUACCCCCCUCCAUUGACCAAUCACCCCAAGGACACAUUUACGACCUCGUGAAGGAACUCACCAAAGGAACAUUUAACCCAUCCAUGAUGAGCAAAUACAAGAAGAUUGAAAACUUUGCAAACGUCUUCCCUAGCUUCCACAACGACUUUGAAAAUUUUUACAAAAAAAAAAUAAACCUCAAGUUGUAUCAGCGGUAUAAAGUAGAUCCUAAAUGGGUUCGAACGGAAUUUGAAAAAACGAGAAAAUUACUCAAGCAGCAUGAGGAAGAUGCUUAUAUCCACCUGAUGCAGUAUCGUUACCCAUGUGAAGCAUUGACUGAACAGGAGAGAGAGAACCACAGGACGUUUAAUUUGUGUGCAGUUGACCUGAUCAAUCACAACAUAAAUGUUUUUAAAAAACCCAUGUAUGUCGUUUCUACGAUGGAGGAUGGAGAUUAUAUUGAAUACACCCUCAAGCUGUUUGGCGUGAACAUUGCUGAUGAAAGGAACACCCACCUUUUGCGUAUUUUUGGAAAAGACUACCUGCGGAAGGGGGAGGACAACCCAUCCGAUGGGGACGCCAACUCGGUGAUGAACAACCUGAAGAAGCUUUUCAAGUCACCCUACUUUGCAAAAAGAGGGUCUCCCCCCAAGGAAGGACGCCAGGAAAAUCAGGAUGAUUACCUGUAUGACCCAUACAACAUCGACCUGGAAUACCUGAAGCAUCAGGAGAAGACAAAGAAAAAGGACUACCACUUACUUAACCACAGGUACUACCUCGACCUGCUAAAGGAAAAGUGCAACUUAAUUAAUUACGUCAUCGAAAAGUACCACCAAGACGAUGUGACCAUCCACAUAAUCGACCACAAGUACGAAGACCUCAAUGCCAUGUGUAAUGACAGCCGGUUUAGUCAAAAGGUUCGACUGUACCUCUGCGAAUGGGGUUACAACUCCUAUGCAGACCGAGUGAAGGCUUUACAUAACGACAGAGUGAAAUCCUUCUCCCAAUCGUUUAAACUCGUAGUUUUGUGUUGCACGCCACAGGACACCCCACGCAGGGAGCACACCCACGGUAAGGGACUCCCCACCGACUUUUACACCAAGUUCAUGCUCAAGUACUUCCUAAAAAAGGGGCUCCUCAACCGGACGGAGGAAGAUACGUAG